UCUAUUCAUUUGUCCUCCAGUUGGAACUGCAUUCCCACGAACUGCAAGGGGUCUAUUCGGACUUGACGGAGCUAAUUGCGAGGACUUUGAAACCCCGUCAAGUCCUCAUUGUCGGCCUGUAAACAUUACGUCUCUGACCCUCAUCUCGAUUCGCUCGAAAGCAGCUGUGACCAGGCGCGACACAAGCAUAGUUUUGCUUGCUUUGCUCGACUUGAUAGCAUCAGCUUGCUAGCGAUCGCCGGCGCCCACAGUCUAUAAUGAAAACUAUAUUGUGGAAAAAGAAGAAUAUUUUCAUAGUAGCUUUGCUUCUGCUUAUAUGCGGAAGUUUGGUUCUAAAUCCUCUACUGUACUUCAAAAAAWRGAUUGCUAUUCAACAGAAUGAGGAUAAAAAAACAACAGCAAACCCCGAACACAAGCAACAAAAGUACCUCCAGUUCAAGGAAAUUGAUGUUUUAAUGGGUGAUGUAGAAUGCUCUGAAAUAAAAGAGUGUCAGCUGUCUCCACACUCUUCAGCUGAAGAAGCAAAGCAACUGUGCAACAAAGAUCCAGCAUGCAAAGGGUUUGCUUACAUGUCUUCAAAAGGUAACAUAUUCUUCAAGAAUGACCUCUCAAAGGGAUUGAAAAGAAAACCAGGCAUCACUUCAUUCAUAAAGAAAGAGUAUGCAAAGGGUCUGGAAGUACCGCUGGAACUCAYUUGCGCAGUACCGCUUCCCGAAACAGUUGUUACUAAUAUUUCCCAGAGAUGCAACUUGGCCGAGUUUGAUCCUUUUCAUCCGUCUGUAAUGCAACUCAUCAAUGUUCCGGAUAASUUAAAAUGUGAUGGUAAACGACUAACCAGCUACAGAAAUAGCACCCUUACGUUUAUUAACGAUCCAAAUAUCAUAAAAGCMGAGUAUUUUUCAAUCACUCGUACACCAGGAAAUGAUUUUGACUUCAUCCAAAGUAACAUGACUUUACUUGAYCAUGAAAAACAAAACGAAAUCAAAGAUGAAUUCAUUGGCGUUAGAAUAAAAACACGAAAUGGAGAAGAAAACACAGAGUUUCAUGGAUCUGUAGUACCCAAACCAGAUGUCAUUGCUCGGGCGCAAAGCACCACAGGAAUCCCAGUUAACGUUAUGAUUGUAGGAUUGGACUCGACGUCAAAUGCUCACUUCCAACGCGCUCUAAGUAAAGCUUAUAAGUACCUGACUGACGACCUUAAGUCUAUUGUAUUGAAAGGAUACACUAUAGUUGGAGAUGGAACGACACCCGCUUUGACUGCAAUGUUAACUGGGUAUUUUGAGAAGCAGAUCCCCGAAGCAAGACGUGGUUUUCCAGGCGCACAAACUGUCGAUAACUGGCCRUGGAUCUUUAAAGACUACCAGAAUUCAGGAUAUGCUACGUUAUUUAGCGAGGACGAGCCAAUCUCUGGCUCUUUCAACUACCGAUUGCUCGGUUUCAAGGACCCACCAACCGACCAUUUUGGGCGAUACUUUUGGAUGGGUGCCAAGGAAGCCUCCCGGUUUUGCAUCAGCGGUAUGAGUAAACCAAAACAUCUGGUCCACCUCGACUAUUUAGAAACGUUCUUUGAAGCCUAUUCGAAGACACCUAAAUUCGGGUUAGGAUUUUUCUCUUCACUUCCUCAUAACAGUCUUACCGGUUUGUAUCACAUGGACGACGAUUUCCACAGGUUUCUCAAAAAUUUUGAAACUCGACUCAAAGACACAAUCCUCAUUGUUUUGAGUGACCAUGGCUUUAGAUACGGAGAAACUAGAACGACGUUGCAAGGCCACUUAGAGGAACGUCUUCCGUUUCUAUCCUUCACUUUACCAAGUUGGUUUGAAAGUCGUUAUCCUGAAAUCGUUAGUAAUUUAGAGCAUAAUGUCAAAUCAGUGACAUCACCCUUCGAUCUUCACAUGACUUUACGUCACAUACUUUCAUAUCCAAAAGAGCCAAAACUUCCMAAGGGAAGCCGGGGCUCGUCCCUGUUCGGGAAGAUCCCAUGGUCACGUGAAUGUGAAUCGGCAGGGGUUAUGGAACAUUACUGCCCUUGUUUGAGCUUGAAGACCGCUGACAUUCGACACAGCCAUAUACGGGACGGUGGUCUGGCGAUAGUUAACGAUUACUCGGGCUUCUCAUUCCUGUGCGUUUAUGUACAAAAGUUCAUGUGCGUACUUUCAAUUUUUUUUUCAUAAAAUAUCCAUAUAACGAUGCUUACAAUUCCAUAGUUAAAGAGGCUCUCUUCUCCCCUAAAUAAAGUUCAGGGUGGCACGGAUGGCCUAUAUAGAGUUUAAACUGCUGACCUCUCAGCGCUGUGAUCCAGGUUCGAUUCCCGGGUACGGACCAUUUGUGAGUUUGUUUGAUGUGUUGUU